AUGCGUUGUACCGCGAGUGGUCAUAGUGCAAGGGGAAACACCACUCGUGCACGAUAUCCUCAUUCUGCUUCUCACCUGUGCGCGCCCCUCGCUCUGCUUCUCACCUGUGCCCGCCCCUUGCUCUGCUUCUCACCUGUGCCCGCCCCUCGCUCUGCUUCUCACCUGUGCCCGCCCCUCGCUCUGUUUCUCACCUGUGCCCGCCCCUCGCUCUGCUUCUCACCUGUGCGCGCCCCUCGCUCUGCUUCUCACCUGUGCGCGCCCCUCGCUCUGCUUCUCACCUGUGCGCGCCCCUCGCUCUGCUUCUCACCUGUGCCCGCCCCUCGCUCUGCUUCUCACCUGUGCCCGCCCCUCGCUCUGCUUCUCACCUGUGCGCGCCCCUCGCUCUGCUUCUCACCUGUGCGCGCCCCUCGCUCUGCUUCUCACCUGUGCGCGCCCCUCGCUCUGCUUCUCACCUGUGCGCGCCCCUCGCUCUGCUUCUCACCUGUGCGCGCCCCUCGCUCUGCUUCUCACCUGUGCCCGCCCCUCGCUCUGCUUCUCACCUGUGCCCGCCCCUCGCUCUGCUUCUCACCUGUGCGCGCCCCUCGCUCUGCUUCUCACCUGUGCGCGCCCCUCGCUCUGCUUCUCACCUGUGCGCACCCCUCGCUCUGCUUCUCACCUGUGCCCGCCCCUCGCUCUGCUUCUCACCUGUGCCCGCCCCUCGCUCUGCUUCUCACCUGUGCCCGCCCCUCGCUCUGCUUCUCACCUGUGCGCGCCCCUCGCUCUGCUUCUCACCUGUGCGCGCCCCUCGCUCUGCUUCUCACCUGUGCGCGCCCCUCGCUCUGCUUCUCACCUGUGCGCGCCCCUCGCUCUGCUUCUCACCUGUGCGCGCCCCUCGCUCUGCUUCUCACCUGUGCCCGCCCCUCGCUCUGCUUCUCACCUGUGCCCGCCCCUCGCUCUGCUUCUCACCUGUGCCCGCCCCUCGCUCUGCUUCUCACCUGUGCCCGCCCCUCGCUCUGCUUCUCACCUGUGCCCGCCCCUCGCUCUGCUUCUCACCUGUGCGCGCCCCUCGCUCUGCUUCUCACCUGUGCGCGCCCCUCGCUCUGCUUCUCACCUGUGCGCGCCCCUCGCUCUGCUUCUCACCUGUGCGCGCCCCUCGCUCUGCUUCUCACCUGUGCGCGCCCCUCGCUCUGCUUCUCACCUGUGCCCGCCCCUCGCUCUGCUUCUCACCUGUGCGCGCCCCUCGCUCUGCUUCUCACCUGUGCCCGCCCCUCGCUCUGCUUCUCACCUGUGCCCGCCCCUCGCUCUGCUUCUCACCUGUGCCCGCCCCUCGCUCUGCUUCUCACCUGUGCCCGCCCCUCGCUCUGCUUCUCACCUGUGCCCGCCCCUCGCUCUGCUUCUCACCUGUGCCCGCCCCUCGCUCUGCUUCUCACCUGUGCGCGCCCCUCGCUCUGCUUCUCACCUGUGCGCGCCCCUCGCUCUGCUUCUCACCUGUGCGCGCCCCUCGCUCUGCUUCUCACCUGUGCGCGCCCCUCGCUCUGCUUCUCACCUGUGCGCGCCCCUCGCUCUGCUUCUCACCUGUGCCCGCCCCUCGCUCUGCUUCUCACCUGUGCCCGCCCCUCGCUCUGCUUCUCACCUGUGCCCGCCCCUCGCUCUGCUUCUCACCUGUGCCCGCCCCUCGCUCUGCUUCUCACCUGUGCCCGCCCCUCGCUCUGCUUCUCACCUGUGCGCGCCCCUCGCUCUGCUUCUCACCUGUGCGCGCCCCUCGCUCUGCUUCUCACCUGUGCGCGCCCCUCGCUCUGCUUCUCACCUGUGCGCGCCCCUCGCUCUGCUUCUCACCUGUGCGCGCCCCUCGCUCUGCUUCUCACCUGUGCCCGCCCCUCGCUCUGCUUCUCACCUGUGCCCGCCCCUCGCUCUGCUUCUCACCUGUGCCCGCCCCUCGCUCUGCUUCUCACCUGUGCCCGCCCCUCGCUCUGCUUCUCACCUGUGCCCGCCCCUCGCUCUGCUUCUCACCUGUGCCCGCCCCUCGCUCUGCUUCUCACCUGUGCCCGCCCCUCGCUCUGCUUCUCACCUGUGCGCGCCCCUCGCUCUGCUUCUCACCUGUGCGCGCCCCUCGCUCUGCUUCUCACCUGUGCGCGCCCCUCGCUCUGCUUCUCACCUGUGCGCGCCCCUCGCUCUGCUUCUCACCUGUGCCCGCCCCUCGCUCUGCUUCUCACCUGUGCCCGCCCCUCGCUCUGCUUCUCACCUGUGCCCGCCCCUCGCUCUGCUUCUCACCUGUGCCCGCCCCUCGCUCUGCUUCUCACCUGUGCCCGCCCCUCGCUCUGCUUCUCACCUGUGCGCGCCCCUCGCUCUGCUUCUCACCUGUGCGCGCCCCUCGCUCUGCUUCUCACCUGUGCGCGCCCCUCGCUCUGCUUCUCACCUGUGCGCGCCCCUCGCUCUGCUUCUCACCUGUGCCCGCCCCUCGCUCUGCUUCUCACCUGUGCCCGCCCCUCGCUCUGCUUCUCACCUGUGCCCGCCCCUCGCUCUGCUUCUCACCUGUGCCCGCCCCUCGCUCUGCUUCUCACCUGUGCCCGCCCCUCGCUCUGCUUCUCACCUGUGCCCGCCCCUCGCUCUGCUUCUCACCUGUGCCCGCCCCUCGCUCUGCUUCUCACCUGUGCGCGCCCCUCGCUCUGCUUCUCACCUGUGCGCGCCCCUCGCUCUGCUUCUCACCUGUGCGCGCCCCUCGCUCUGCUUCUCACCUGUGCGCGCCCCUCGCUCUGCUUCUCACCUGUGCGCGCCCCUCGCUCUGCUUCUCACCUGUGCCCGCCCCUCGCUCUGCUUCUCACCUGUGCCCGCCCCUCGCUCUGCUUCUCACCUGUGCCCGCCCCUCGCUCUGCUUCUCACCUGUGCCCGCCCCUCGCUCUGCUUCUCACCUGUGCCCGCCCCUCGCUCUGCUUCUCACCUGUGCCCGCCCCUCGCUCUGCUUCUCACCUGUGCCCGCCCCUCGCUCUGCUUCUCACCUGUGCGCGCCCCUCGCUCUGCUUCUCACCUGUGCGCGCCCCUCGCUCUGCUUCUCACCUGUGCGCGCCCCUCGCUCUGCUUCUCACCUGUGCGCGCCCCUCGCUCUGCUUCUCACCUGUGCGCGCCCCUCGCUCUGCUUCUCACCUGUGCCCGCCCCUCGCUCUGCUUCUCACCUGUGCCCGCCCCUCGCUCUGCUUCUCACCUGUGCCCGCCCCUCGCUCUGCUUCUCACCUGUGCCCGCCCCUCGCUCUGCUUCUCACCUGUGCCCGCCCCUCGCUCUGCUUCUCACCUGUGCCCGCCCCUCGCUCUGCUUCUCACCUGUGCCCGCCCCUCGCUCUGCUUCUCACUAUCCACCACUUGCUGCAGCCCCUCCUUCGCCAUCUGCCUCUGAAACACCUGCACGCCCUCCCAUGCAUGCACGCCCUCCCAUGCAUGCACGCCCUCCCAUGCAUGCACGCCCUCCCAUGCAUGCACGCCCUCCCAUGCAUGCACGCCCUCCCAUGCAUGCACGCCCUCCCAUGCAUGCACGCCUUCCCAUGCAUGCACGCAUGCACACAAGCAGCAACGGCACACGGCAACAGAAAGGGAUGA